AUGGGCAGAGGAGGUACCUCUAGUUCUUCAUCUUCUUUUGAAAGCAGCAAUUACCCAUCGGUAUCAAGCAACUCUUCUAAUUUCUCUCAGCUGAAGAGAGACCUGAGCACAGAUCUAAGGCUUGGACUUAGCAUCUCAACCUCUCAACAGGACAACCCUUCUACACCAAGUGAUCAGCAACUAUUGGAUUGGCCACCAAUCAAGCCGUUUCUAAGGGAGGCGUUAGCAUCAGAAGAAAAUGAGUGCAACAGUGCCACCUUCUUCGUCAAGGUUUACAUGGAAGGCAUUCCAAUUGGCAGGAAACUGAACCUAUUAGCCCAUGAAGGUUACCAGGACUUAGUACAGACUCUUGACCAAAUGUUCAACACUAGCAUUCUCUGGCCUGAAAUGGAUGUUGAAAAUUCUGAGCAAUGUCAUGUUUUGACCUAUGAAGACAAAGAAGGGGAUUGGUUGAUUGUUGGGGAUGUUCCUUGGGAGAUGUUCUUACCGUCCGUGCGGAGAUUGAAGAUCACUAGAGCAGACAGCCUGUGA